AUGACUGACGAAGGGUAUACGAAAGAGCAAGAGGUUCUCACGAAGUCGAUUGUGGGUAAAAACAACCAUGCGUUUUACGAAGUGCUUUCUGUUGAAAGAACAGCGUCCGAUAUCGAGAUCAAAAAGGCGUACAGAAAACUGGCCGUGAAAUUACACCCAGACAAGAAUAAACAUCCACGGGCAAGUGAAGCUUUCAAACGCAUCAAUAGAGCUUUUGAAGUUUUGAGUGACAUUUCCAAAAGGCGUAUUUACGAUCAAAUUGGUAGAGACCCAGACGACAGAGGAGCACGCGAUCCGUCAAGCAGCGGGUUUGCCAGCGGAUCCUCCUCUUCUUCCUCCUUUUCACCAGAUGGCAUGUUUUUCAGAAGAGCCCAACAGAAUGGGCCUCCUCCCGACAUUUUUGAUUUUCUGUUUAAUUCGCGAGCCGCAGGCGGCGGACACCCUUUCAACAGCGCUUUUGGAGGUGCACCAUUUGGUGGUGGUGGACCCUUUGAUGGACCCUUCGGUGGCCACGGUGGAACUACAUUCACUUUUGGCGGACCCAACGGUUUCAAAGUUUAUACUAAUGGCGGGCCAAGAGCUCGAGCGUCGCCUGGAGGCGCUCAAGAUGCCCAGCAGCAACAACAGGAGGAACAACGUGAAGUGCAGCAAAUAAUGAGAAUACUCAUACCUAUUUUGGUGAUUCUGUUUUUACCGAUGUUAGAGAGAUUCCUUUUUGGUGGCUAA